AUGUCUGCCAAGUACAUUGCCGCCCUCCCCAUCCUGGCCUCGGUCGUCGCCGGCCACGGCUUCGUCACCAGCCCCCAGCCCCGUAUGCCUGGUGAUGCCAUGGCCGCCGCUUGCGGUCAGCAGGUCUACAACAACCAGAAGUCCGACAACUACGGCAACAUCCAGGGCGAGCUCCAGGUUGCCAGCUCCCAGAGCGACUACGAUGCCGCCAAGUGCGACAUCUGGCUCUGCAAGGGCUACAAGCUCGACGACAACAAGGACAACGUCCAGACCUACACCCCUGGCCAGACCAUCAACUUCAAGGUCGACGUCCGUGCCCCCCACACUGGUGUCGCCAACGUCUCCAUCGUCGACACUGCCUCCAACAGCGUCAUCGGCUCUGCCCUGAAGAGCUGGGAUGUCUACGCCUCCACCGAGACCGGUGUCAAGUCCACUGACACCGCCUUCGACAUCACCAUGCCCUCCGACCUUGGCAGCCAGUGCGCCACCGCCGGUGACUGCGUUAUCCAGUGGUACUGGUACGCCGAGUCCAUCGACCAGACCUACGAGUCCUGCGUCGACUUCACCAUGAGCGGCUCCGGCUCUUCCUCUGGCAGCUCGGGCUCCGCCUCCGCUUCCACCUCCGCUGCCGCCGCUGCCACCUCCAAGGUCGCCGUCGCCGCCGCUGAGCCCAGCUCCACCCUGGCCACCUCCGUCGCCGCCUCCACCCCCACCACCACCGCCGCCGCUUCCUCUGGCAACAGCAAGCUCGCUCAGGAGAUCGCCGCCGCUUUCCCCGCCAGCGUCCUGACCAAGACCCUCCCCGCCACCCCCACCGGCACCUCUGGCGUCAUCCCCGAGCAGUCCCUGCCCGAGGGCACCACUGUCCAGGACCUCGUUGACUGGUUCGCCGAGCUCGUCUCCAGCAUCGAGUCUUCCUCCUCCCAGAAGGUCCGCCGUCACGCCCGUGACCUCCGCGCUUAA